AUUGACGCGAAAGACAUCAUUACACGACGAGUCGGAACUCUUGCAAAGCUUGCGCGGUUCGUUCUUGAAGAAAGCGGCGAGGGAGAAGAUGUUGAGAACUCGAUUGUUUUGGUUCAGUGUUGGAUUUGCAGCCACGUCCGCUUCGAUUUCGCAAUUCGUCUGGAGAGAUCUACUGGCUCAUCGAUGUGCUCUUUCAUCUGAUAUUGAGCGGAAUUUCGAUGCACUGGAAGCUAGAAUCUCGAAUCUUGAGUCGGUUCGAAACCGGGAUUCGAUUCCAUCUGCUGAGCAGGCCAAUGACUGAGUGACUGAUUCCUCGUGGAGCUCGUUAUUUAGGUGGAAUUUUGUACCAACAAUUGCAGGACAAAACCCCAUGUAAAAGGUGCAACUCCGUUCCUUUUUUUUGCUUUCUCCUAAAUAAAAUCCAAGUAUUUUGUACAAAAGGAGAGCUUCAUGCUAUACAUCAUCCCUACCUUUCAUUUGAGAUGGUUAUAUCAAACUAAACUAUUGUAUUUCUUAGAUACGAGACUUCAAGGAUUGAAUCAUCGAUUUUAAGGAUU